AUGGAGGACUUGGACGAGUUCUUCGCCCAGGCAGAGGCGCUGAUCACGCUGUCUCUGAAGAGCGGACGCCCCCGCAAACGUGUCCGUCUCCCCCAGCCGCCGCUGUCCCCCGCUGGCGAUGCCGAGUCCACCGCGCCGCCCCCGGGCCCUCAAGCGACUCCCCCGAGCCUACCCAUACAGAAACCUAUACCAAAGCCAGCGGCAGUGUCUCUGGGACAUGAGUCAACCAAGCUGAACAACUACGAUCCAGCGCAUUUCACCACCAUCGCUCGCAAAAUCAACUUCGACAACGAUAACGACCACGACGAGUACUCCAAGCUUUCCCCCAUCAUCAGCCUGGCGUCGUUGCCGAUACGUGGCGACGAAAAUAGUCCGCUACGGUCUCCCCUCCCUAUAGAAAGGAACGACGCCCCCGCCAGCAAUAUCGGCGCCAAACGACUAGGCAGCGCUGUCCACAUUGAGAACCUCAAAUUCCGUGGAAGAGCCAACCCUCCACAGGGAGGGUUGUUUGUUCGACUAGAUGACGACGACGACGAUGACGAAAUCCUCAUAUACGAGCCUCCUCCGACCCAAGCACCUCCUCCCCGCAAGCGCACUUCCUCCCAGACAGCACCAACAUUGACAAGUAAACCUAGACUGGCUAAUAAUCAGCAAGAUUCGCUCCGGUCGAUGCUGGGAAUGGGACUUGAGACGACGCUUCUCCCCGAUGCCGCACCCCCCACCCACGGUACCGGCGAGAUUAAGUUGUUGCUGGCCCCAAUAUAUAUCCCCGGCGAGCCCCAACCGAUUGCAUAUUGUGCUCUGGAGGGACGCAAACGUCAGAUCAACGAUGACGUGUGUCUCCACAGUUACUGGGAACACGAUAACAAGAGUGCCUGUGGGAUGAUGAAGAUUUCGGGGAUUAAACCUCCCCGCGACCUGGGGGAAGCCUACCUGUACUUCGUCGUGCUCGACGGACGCGUCGAGGUCACCGUGGCCGACGUCACGUUUUUGGUGACCCCGGGGUGCACGUUCAAAGUGCCUCUGCACACCGUGUACGGCCUCCGCAGCUUGGAGCCAUCGCGCGUGUGGUACACCCAGGUGCGAGACGACCCCCGCUGA